AUGGUUUUGUCCUCAUCUUCGAAGGCCUUGGCAGGGCUUUUGAUGUCCUCGCUCGCAGUCCAGUGCGGUGCCAUCAGUUUGACGGUAUCGCAGAAUCGUGGCAAUGAGACUUCUUCUACCAUGUGGGGAAUCAUGUUCGAGGACAUCAACUACUCCGGCGAUGGCGGUAUUCAUGGCCAGCUCAUCCGCAAUAACGGCUUCCAAGGCGACAAUCCUGGAUUAGCAGCUUAUUCGGCAAUCGCGGGAACCCCCCUGGAAGUCGAUUCUUCAGUUCCCCUCUCUGACGUUCUCCCCAACACACUCAAAGUCAGUGUCGAAGCUGGCGCCACAGGUCAGGUCGGGUUCGCCAAUGAGGGCUACUGGGGCAUUCCGGUUGAUGGCAGUCCUCACUCGCACAACAUUUUCAUUUGUGGCAACUAUCAAGGCCAGAUGAACUGGAUCUUGCAAAGUGUUUCCACCAAGGAGGUUUUCGCGAACGUUACUUUCUACGUCGACUCCACCACCGACAAGUUCACCGAGUUUCACCAACGUGAGCCGACUACCUUCUCGUCGUUGACGGAUAUAGAGUACAGGAUGACCUUUGAUGCGGGCCUUGUCGCCGGCUCUUCGAUGUGGUUUGCGCUUCCGCAGCUCUAUCCUACCACCUUCCAUAAUCGCUACAACGGACUCAAACCAUCACUGGCCGAAGCGGUGAACAACAUAGGUGGAUCGUUCCUUAGAUUUCCUGGCGGCAAUAACCUGGAAGGGCCGAAUGUCGAGAACCGCUGGAAGUGGAAUGAGACGAUUGGUGCCAUAACUUCGCGUCCUGGUGCCUGGGGAUACCCGAACACUGAUGCCCUUGGUCUUCAUGAAUACUUUGAAUGGUGCGAUGACAUGCGCCUUGAGCCAUUCCUUGACGUCUACUCUGGAUACUCUCUCGACGGGACCCACAUCACUGGUGAAACUCUGAAACCUUUCGUUGAUGAAGUUCUCCAAGAGCUUGAAUACGUCCUUGGCGAUUCCUCGACACCUAUGGGAGCUCUUCGGGCCAAGAACGGGCGAGAACAGCCAUGGCCCGUCAAGUGGGUCGAAAUUGGCAACGAGGAUGACUUUGGCUGUAGCAGCUAUGCUGAGAGAUUCGCCGCAUUCUAUAAUGCCAUUCAUCCCAAGUAUCCGGAUCUCCAGCUCAUCGCCUCUGCCACCGGCUUCAACUGCCUGCCUGACCCUUUCCCCGAAGACGCGUGGAUCGAUUACCAUGAGUACAACAUCCCUGAGAACUACAUCCUCAACUUUGCCCAGUGGGACAAUGUUUCUCGCAGGAACAAGUACAUCAUCGCAGAGAUGGGUCGCUGGAGCGUGCAGUAUUCGGACAUGAGGGGUUCAGUGUCCGAGGCCGUCUUCAUGCUUGGACUGGAACGCAACAGCGACCUUAUUCGCGGCGUAGCUUUUGCGCCUUUGCUCAGUCUUGUGGACCACCAACAGUGGGCGCCCAACCUGAUCCCGUUCAAACAGGCACCUGACGCCAUCGUUUACACGUCCAGCUACUGGGUCCAACAACUCUUUGCACACAACGCCGGCGAUGUGACCCACGAGGUCACUUCUGACUCUGGAUUUGACCCGGUCUUCUGGAGCGCUGUAAGCGCCGGCGAGACAUACAUCGUGAAGCUGGCCAACUACGCCGCUGAGCCGCAGCAAAUGGACAUUAAGAUUGCAGGAAAGGGUAUUGCGACGCUGUCGAUUCUGGCCAAUGACGACCCGGAUAGUGCCAACAGCCAUGCCGGAUCUCCCAUCGCCCCUCCGGUCAUCUCGCGCAUCGAGUCUUCUGGCGACAACUUCAGCUUCGUCAUGCCCGCUUGGUCCGUUGGCGUUCUUCGCGCAGACUAA